AUGACUGCAAGUCACAAUUUCAUGGGACACGACAAUGACAAAAAUCAAUUAGAGAUGGAAUGGAAGGCCGGAAAGCGCCAGCAAUUUCCACCGCCGGAAGCUCUACCGGCGUAUGUUAAUAGAGCUCUUCCACCGCGGCCGAAUGAUUCAAACUCACCAUCCAGCUCCGAUUCUCCCGAGAAGAACACCCAACCACAAACAGCAUCAAACCCCGAGCUGCUUGUAAGCCAACAUGAAGAUGGUCGUCAAAAUCCCGAUACGACGGGAAUGCUUAACGAUGCUGGACUAGCCAUGGUCCAGCCGCUUCAACUGACAACGUCGUCAGUGCCGCAGUUUAGGCAGAAGCAACAGCGGCCACCCACGAUAGCCUCGCCGCAACCACGUUACCCAGCUUUCAUGGUUUUAGAAGUUGACGAGAGAGAUGAAGAUAUCGUCAGCCCGGUUUCAGCACCUUUAUCUGGCAACAACACACACCAGCAACAUGAAGUCUCACCUAUAUCCCCAGUCGAGUCCGAGCGUAGCAUUCACUCGAAAGUUUCCGACUUAGAUAAUGCCUCCAGCGAGAGCCCCGACUCACCUUCAAUCAAGGACGGUUCAAAUUCAAGCCGCUCGGGAUCUAGAGAAAACCAAACGGAACAAUCACCCAGUGAUCAAGCUAUAACGCCACUAUGGUAUCUAGAGCACCAAAUCCAACAGAUUAACCUCCGGUACAGCGACCCCGGGAGUCCUAUCAGCGGCGCCGUAGUCCACCCGCCGAGUUCAUUCCCCUCCGAUCCGAAUCUCCGGCGUUUACGGGAUUCCGUCGCUUCACAUUCCCGUUCACAUUCUAAUUCUGGAUCUAGUACAUACUCUGUCUAUAGCCCGACGUCCCCUAAGAAUAACAUCUCUCUUCCUCUUCCUCUCCAUAACCAGUUCCUAUACCAACCCCACUCCGCCCUACGCACACCACCGCAACUACCACCUCCGUCUCGCGCGGCUUCGGGCCGGAAACGCGAUUCUGGGGUUAAACUCGCAUCACCGGUUACCGGGUCCGGGGCUAGUCCGCCUAAAGUCGCCUUCGCGGGGGCUGGGGCGGGGAUAGGUGCUAAGACUGAUGGCUUUUCGGUUACUAGGGCCAGGGCGAAUAGUAGUAAGAGGACGGCGCCACCCCCGCCCCCGCUGAAGUUGAGUGAACGCCCGCUUGUGGAUAAGUAUGUUAAGACGCCGUUUCCGGGGUUGGAGGAGGAGAGGAGGGUGAAGGCUGAGAUUGAGAGGAAGGGUGUAGAGGGGGGGAAAGGUGUAGGAGGGGAGAAGGAGAGGGAAAGGGAAAGGCAGCGUACGCCUUUGCAUCGGAAGAGUGCAUCGGAAGGGGAUGGCCUAGGCCAACCUGCUUUUGAAUACUCUGACCCAUCAUCCUACGAUCGAGAUCAGACUUCAUCCUCGCUCUUCGAUAAAGGCGAGAGUGUACUCUGCUAUUACGGCCAUAUUCUCUUCGAAGCAAUCAUUCUGGACGAUGUGGCUAUCCAAAGAACUGGUAAAGUAGAGUAUCUUAUUAAGGCUGAAGUACCUCCUAGUUUCGAGGAAUGGGUCCCGCGUGGUUUUAUCCUCAAGUUGACCGACCAAAACAAGCAAUCCCCAGGACGCUGUGCCACCUGCAAUCAGUCUCACUUUGACGCUAUGAUAAUAUGUCGUAAUAUCAACAGCCCGCCCACCGCGAACCUAACCACACUCUUCCUACCCUCUGAUUCAGGUUACGCAACAGCCUCAUGCCGCAGCAACGCUGCGUUGAACCACCAACUAGGAUUACCUAAUCAGAAGCUGAUAAACCAACCUCAAGGAAGUCCCCUUGAAUUUAUUCAACAUGACGAUGACGAUGUCCAAACUGUGUACACGGAAAUUUCAAACAUAUCUGAAGUGAAGAGAGGAAGCUAUAUUACUACACUUGCCGACGACUUGUUUAACGAGAUUGGGGCGAAAGAAAUGGAUGAAGAAACGAUCGAGAAGCUAUCGUCUACCCUCCCUACACUUUUGAAAGCUUUGGCUCUCAACUUUGGCUACAGAGCUUCUUCUUCUCAAAUGCACCACGAUGUAAUGGUCUUCGUUUAUAAGUAUCGGGAUUCAAUCGCCGCGUCUUUCAAAAAUAAUUGCUAUCAGACAAAUAAAUCGGACCAAGAACUUCCGUUUAUGCAGGGCGCAUGUUCAACGGAAAUCAUGGACCGAUGGCUGGCUUCCAAUGACGAAACAGAUCUCGAAGAAAUGCGGGAAGAUAUCCUGCCAGAUGAUGACCCGACUGACGAGGAACCCCCCAAUGUCCCGCCUUUAGAAGAGUAUAGAAGAUUAAUAAAUAACGACCCCGGCUAUAAUUGGCUUCUUGAACGGAUGCGCAGAGAGACGGCCCUCUCAAGAGCUAAACCAUAUGCCCUAAAUAAUAUAAGGGAAGCUAUAAUGAUUGCUAUCCCUCAGGGAAGCCGUGUUAGCCGGAAGGUGUCUCCUGAAAGCACGAAAGCUACUUACUUCGUAGACUGGGAUAUACUAGUCUUUUUAAAUGACCAGGAGUACGAUAUGCCUAACGCAGAAGCCGUCGCAAAUGCAAUCACACUUACUGGAUCUUACACAGAUGCCCAAGCUUUAAGUUGUCGUCAAUAUAUGACACAGAUAUGGCCAUCAACGGCGCCCCAGACCCUUCAGCUUCUCCAAGAGAUGCUGAGGUGUCCGGAAUAUAAAAGCAUGCUUUCCUUCAACCGCCCAAGCAAAAUAACACUUGAAGCAUUCAUUGGCGUUGAAUCAGUUAUAGUAACGGCUAUAGGGAUCCCAGAGUUUGUCGUAGAAAUAGGAGAGCAGCUUGCAUGGCUAGGUGCGGCCUUGCGAUCUUCGCCUCUUAACCACAGAGCGAUCCUCUGUACCCCAUAUGUUGCCCAGGCAGUUCAUUUACGCAAUGAAAUAUCGGAACUAGAAUGCUCCAUCCUUUUCAACACUGAAAACCCCCAGGCAAACCCCCAAAAUGAGAACGGACAGUGUUGGCACCAUCUAUUCGCCAAUCCGGUCAUCGCCCAAAGCUUCCCCAUACUUGAAAGGCGCGAAAUAGAUACAGGAUUAGAGGCGCCAUUAGAUAUGUUAGUUUCCCUGGCGAGGGCACGAUACGUCGAUAUGUUCAAGUCAAAAGUCUUUGUUAAAGGGUUCUCAACUAUGCUGGUCCCAACCAAGCAAUCGGAAAACUUACUUGUUUGGCACUUACUCUAUAAUGAGAACCCCAAUGAGCGAAUAUCCUACCUUGACUGCGGACUUGAACACGCGGACGUAAAAAUAGCGAGCUUCGAACAAUCUCGCCAUAUAUUGGGCUGGUGCUCUAACGCAAGAUCUAUUGUUGGAACCACCCGAGCUGUGUACAAUAUAGGUAGAUCGAGGUUACCGAGCGCACACUCUUGUUGUGUACUGGAAAAAGCCGAAAUCUUGGGAGGAUUAGGUUACCUCACGAAACUGCAGUGGAUAUCAUCUAAGUAUUUCGUUUUUUGGGACGAGGAGGAAAAGAGGGGUUGGCUGGUGAAUGGAGCCAGUGCUCUACUCCAUGUCCUUCGGGCAUCCUUGGAGUAUAGCAAGCGCAAGUUUCAAUCAAGGUGGCUUUUAGGUCCGGGGGCUUUAAAUGAUACAGUCGAUUCAUUCCGAUCUACCUCGGCGCUAGAAGUUUUGAUAAGCGAGGCAAAUCGUGACCUCAAACUUUACGUGGACAAGACUGAAGUCUACAACGAAGAAACCACGGAUAAACAGAAAAACACCACAGUGAUAAAGAGACAAACGCGGCACUAUCGACUAGAGGAUCGAAUCGAACAUAUAUAUAACAUUCUGGAGAAGUUAAUAGACCAACAGACCGACGCAGAACGACGGUCCGGGUUGCAAAUCAAGUUUAGACCACGACGUCAGUUAGAAGGUUGGGAUUUUAGGGAUUUGGCCACGGACGGUGAUCCAUUUUUCCCCAGGGUUGCCCACCUUCAAACUAUCGCCAAGGGGUGGGUCGACUUUACUAGAGCGAUACACGCAGUGACACUAUUUGGGAGAGGCUUUGGCGAGUUAAUCCAACCACAGUACGAUACAGCGAUAUCUUGCCCUCGUUGGUCUAUACUGCCAAGCGGGAAUUACUACCUUGCUGCCUGCGUAUCUGACCUUCAUGAGGUUAUGGAGAAUCUUGGCGACCCAAACUCUAAUCCGAGAAGAUUAUGCGAUAAUAUUAUAUGGCACACGAAACAAGCUGCGUUCAACCCUUGCUCGUGCACCAAAGACAACGCUAGCAAGCAUCACGAUCCAGUCCAGGCUCUGUUCCCUAUAAGAUUCAUGCGUAACCUAAAGAAAAAAACGCAGAUAAAACUGGACUCUGAGGGUGCAGCCAUAUUUGGGCAUAAUAUGAGUCUUCAUUGGCACUGGACGGAUAGCGGUGACCCUAUAAAGGGGGACCCACCCCAAGAAGUCACGGAUACAACCUACGAUAGCGGACUCGGGACAAGUAUUGAUUCCUCUGAUGGUCGAUCUGUUCCCGGGUCCGUUCCCAACAGUGAUUCUCCCGCGCCAAGCGAUACACUUCCACGCAGCCAGUCAGAGUCUCCUCAAAGCAACCUCCAGGGAGUUGACUUGAGAAGCAGAAAACAUCGGUUGCAGGAUACGAUGUCGUCUAUUAGCAAGAGAGCAAAUUUCUAG